GUGGAAUGCGAGCGUGGCGUUUAUUUGAAAAAUGCACAUUUACGUCAGGACGCGAACGCAACUGAUUGCCUUCUCCCUCCCACAGCUGCAGGCGGUGACGACUUCCAGCAUCGCAGCUUCGCUACCUACGAGGUGUGUGCUUGCUAUCUUCUGCGUCCAUAAUAAUAUCUCGCCGUUACUUCAAUUGACCCCCGAGCAAAUGGCGCCUCCCCCGCCCGUUUGUGCGCCACGUGACCCCCCCUGCCACCUGGCAACUUGGCGCAACCCGGCGUCCCCGACUGAAGGCCUCGCGCGCGGAAGAGACGCUCCGCUAAAGUCCAAACAUCUGUCGCCGUUCUCUCAACAAGUAAAUGGUCAAGGCCAGGACUUUGCAGCCCCCGCUGCUCGCACCUCAUUGACCCAAGAUGAGCGUACCGUGCGGGGAAAGCGCCGAAGUCGGCGGCCCCUUCGAUCAUGGUUGCCGUGGAAACCGUCAUGCACAGGAACCCGUACGUGGCGGAAGGCUGCUGCGGGAAAGGCUCCCGCAACGCCCUUCAGGAGCUCUACAACCCCUCCCAGGCGGAGCCGUCGGGAGCGGCCCUCCUCCACCAGAGCCGACGGGACCAGGUGGCGGACGCGUGUCGGGUCUACAGCGCGUCCAGUCGCAAGCGACGGGUCCUCACGCCCGGAGACCUCAAACACCUGGUGGUGGACGAGGACCACGAGCUCAUCUACUGCUACGUCCCCAAGGUGGCCUGCACCAACUGGAAGCGCGUGAUGAUGGUGCUCACGGGCCGAGGCAAAUACAGCGACCCAAUGGAAAUCCCGUCCAAUGAAGCUCACAUCCCGUCCAACCUGAAAACCUUGAACCAGUACAGCAUCCCGGAGAUCAACCACCGCCUCAAGAACUACCUGAAGUUCCUCUUCGUCCGCGAGCCUUUCGAGAGGCUGGUGUCGGCGUACCGCAACAAGUUCACCCUCAAGUACAACUCGUCCUUCCACAAGCGAUUCGGCACACGCAUCGUACGGCGCUACCGCAAGAACGCCACGCAGGACGCCCUGGCCAACGGCGCCGACGUCAAGUUUGAGGAGUUCGCCGAGUACCUGGCUGACCCGGCCACCAGGCGCGACGGCCCGCUCAACGAGCACUGGCAGACGGUCUACCAGCUGUGCCACCCGUGUCACGUCCACUAUGACCUGGUGGGCAAGUACGAGACCCUGGAGGAGGACGCCAACUACGUCCUGCGGCUGGCCGGCGUGGGCGACGCCCUGCGCUUCCCCAGCUACGCCAAGUCCACCCGCACCACCGACACCAUGACGGCCCAGUUCUUCGGCAACAUCAGCGCUGCGCAGCAGGUCCAGCUCUACCAGCUUUACAAGCUGGACUUCCUCAUGUUCAACUACUCCACGCCCGGCUACCUCCGGCUGGACUAGGGGGCGCCGAGCGAGGGACACUCAAGGGGGCGGCUUUCUCGUUCGGGUCGGGAGUGUCUUUUGGUCAAACUCGAACAGAACAACUGCGGAACGUGCACUUAUUUGCCGGAGAGAAUGUCAAACGGGCUCGUUUUUGGACAGAACGCGGGCGUGCCGCGGAAGGACGGAGGCCGUAAGAGUCCCGAGGACCCUCUUUGCAGGUUUCAAACGAGCCGUCGCCCCCGCCCCGACGGCAAUCCGACGCACGCCACGUUCGACGGAGGCCGCCUCGAACGGGGGCCACCUCUCCGUCGUCGGUCGGACAGCAGAUUGGCUGAAUUUCGGGAAGAGCGACCCCCGGGACGGGCCGUGAGCGCGGGGGCGCAGGGUUGGAAAGACACUGGAGCUCGUGGACUCACCGAGGCGUUCUUUGUGCUUAUUUUCCAUUUGAUUGUCUCCCCAAGCGUCGCUGCGAGACGGCAAGAAUUAUUUAAACGGCUUUGUCCAUUAAAAUAAGAGAGUAUUUAAUUUGGUGGGGUUAUUUUUCUUGAAUGGAGCUGUGGUGGAAUUCCGUUUGUACGUUGCAGUCCUUUUGACAUCCACAAACACACACACACACACACAGCUGAGACGCGCAGACCGGAUCUCCCACCCGUGACUGUGAUCAGCGACGGCGAGGCUAACAACUACGUUGCGUGUCACGCUGUGAAGUGCAUUAUACGUAAGCAAUAUUACACGGGGGCGUGGCCGGACGGGGAUUCGAACAUAUCUUUGUAAAUUCCAAACCACUCUGGCGUCCAAGUAAAAGACGUGCAUUGCGGUUGUUUAGUUGUUUUGUACUUGACGUUAUUUCCAAUUAUGUAUAGCGCGGUCUCUGGAAUGGUCAUGAAUGUGUUUUUAAUUGACGCGCUGGGCAGAAAUGGAACAGCAAAGACUUUAGAAAUGGGCCCGCGGUUUGUAUACGUUCCCCAGAGCAAAGAGCGUUCGCGAUUUUCUAUGUUAAACUUUGAUGAUAUGAAGGAACUCAAAAGAAAAAAAAAAAAAAGUCAUCAAAUUUAGUGGCUGGAUUAAAAGAAUGAUUUUUCGAUUUUGUGCUCAUUUACAAAAAUGAAAAUGUCCACGUCAAUAACCCAACGUGUUGGUAAAGCUGGACCAACCCAACAAUGUAGAGCACCAGCAGGUCUGGGUUGCGUUGGGGCCGUCCAGACCGACCUAGGCGGAACGAGACCGUGCUGUAGGAUUGGUUAAAUGACAAACAAAAAGUGGUGGCAAACAAAAGUAAACAUCCAUGCCUCCAUAUUUGGGGUGGAGUGGUGGCGUACAUCCGGAAUGGCCAGCCGUUCGCAUAGAACUUUUCCACAAAAUCAUAAAUGUAUGGUCUUUAUGGUCCGGCGUAAGUCGACUGUUGUAGUUCUUGAGCGGGUGGCUGGAGGCGCAGCUCAGUGAAACAAGUGCAAUUAAAACAAGACGGCGACUGGGUGAAGGCCCGUCCGGCCAAUGCGGAUCAACGUAAGCGCCGUCUGUAGCCCGGUUGUGAAAUUAAUAGGCAAUGCCUGGUGUAGUGGGCGGGGCAUCUUUUAGCCGACAAAGGGGAUCAUCCUUUGCUGUAAUUUGGAAGUUUCGAGGCCACGUUGGCAAAGCAACCGUCGAGCUCCAGAUUGGACCCAACAUUUUUUAGUGUGCCGUCAUUUUCCAACCAGCUGAACUGUUUAUUCCCUUAUUGUUGUGUGUUCUUGUGCUAUAGAAAUGUAAUUUAUUCCCGUCAUAUUGUGACUCCCCCGCCCUUUCUGCUCAAUGACGUUGUUCUGUGCAGCAGCAGCAGCAGCUGCUGGCGCUUUCAUAUUGUUGCAUUAUGAACAUUUGCGUGUACUUUAUUUUUUGCCACUUUUCUCCAAACAAUCCAACUUAGUACAUAUAAUGAGACUUUUAAUUGCCCCCGCCCCGCCCCGCCAUAAUAAUGUGGCUUUAUUUUUUUCCACGUUUUUCCUUUUUUAUUUAUUUUAUCCACCUGGUAAUCUUUGUACUAUGACAGAAAAAAACAACCAAGUGCAAAGGCCACAUGAGAGUUUUUUAGGCGUGUUAAAGAGCAGAGAAUCCAAAUGAAAUCAUGUGCCGGCCGGAGGGAUGAAACCGAAUGACCCGAACUGGACAGGAAAACGCCGUCCGAGGAAAAAGAUUGUAAAUAGAGAGGCUUGAAAAUGUCGUGUGUAGCUUUAAAAAUGUGACUGUAUAGAACCCUUUUACUGCUUCUUUUUACAGGGUAAAUGCGUCGGUCUGGAUGUGGCCCUUUGGUCUGGGUGACCCUGAGCAUGACUCCCCGCACAAAUCACCCCCCCUCCCCCCUCCCCCCCACAACCUCCACCCAAGUCUCCCUCAGCUUAUAGAAUGCGUUUAAUUUUCCUUCCCCUUCUCCCAGCAGCAGCAUCUUACUCAGCGGCGGUGAAGCCAAGGCGCAUCCUUGACCCCCCCCCCCCCACCCCCACCCCCGGCUGCCUGCGAGCGGCCUAUUCUCGGGGCCUGGCGUUGGCCCUGUGGCCAACAGCACUCUGGAAAACAUCCCAUAUGUUCAAAAUAGAAGUAAUUAGCGUCGUUUUGGACGCUUUUGUCUCUAUUCUGAACCUCGCCGUCUGCAUAAAAAUGCAGCCAAGUGUCGUAUUUUUGUUUUGUACCCCCCACCCCAACGACGUCUAUAAUUAGACUGAUUUACGUCCAGUAAUUUGUGUUUUGCUGCAAUCUUCCAAAUGCGCCGCAGGAGGAUUUUUACUUUGGGGAGAGCUGCCUACGCCGGGGGUUUCAUACACUAUUUAUGCCUUUAUGAUGCUAUUUACGCACAGAUGAACACAUUUUUGUACAGUAGCGAUGAAACGACUCACUUAUUGCGAGCAACGUUUGAGGUCGAGAAGGAACAAUGGAGGCCGUUGUCGCAAAGCGUCCCGGCUGUCGUUGGGAUUGCGACAAGCAAACAAGGUCCGUGGGCACGGGUCGAAGGGUCCGAAUGUAAAGAGGGGGCAAGGGCGGAGAAAAACGGAUUGCCGCCGGGGUGUGGUGAAACAUAUUGUUUCGAUAUUGUGGUUCCUUAGUGCUGUUUUGAAUAAAAGAAGUCCGA